AGUUCCUCGGUGUUUUUGCACCACUUCUGUCUCUGUCUCUUUCUCGCAAAAACACGAUGGUGCAAGGAACGCUGUACACUUACCCCGAGAACUUCCGCGCGUACAAGGCGCUCAUCGCGGCGCAGUACUCCGGCGCCCAGGUGAAAGUGGCCGACAACUUCAAGUUCGGUGAGACGAACAAGUCGGCCGACUUCCUGAAGAAGUUCCCCGGCGGCAAGGUGCCCGCCUUCGAGACCGCUGAUGGCAAGACCCUCAGCGAGUCGAACGCCAUCGCCUACUUGCUGGCCAACGAGCAGCUGCGCGGCGGCAAGUGCCCCUUCGUCCAGGCUCAGGUUCAGCAGUGGAUCAGCUUCGCCGACAAUGAGAUCGUGCCGGCGUCGUGCGCCUGGGUGUUCCCCCUGCUGGGCAUUCUGCCGCAGCAAAAGAACAGCACUGCCAAGCAGGAGGCUGAGGCUGUCCUGGAACAACUGAACAAGAAGCUGCUCAACUCCACCUUCCUGGCGGGCGAGCGCAUCACCCUUGCCGACAUCGUCGUGUUCAGCAGCCUGCUCCACCUGUACGAGUACGUCCUGGAGCCCAGUGCACGCAGCGCCUUCGGCAAUGUUAACCGCUGGUUCCUCACCAUCCUGAACCAGAAGGAGGUGCAGGCCGUCGUCAAGCACUACAAGCUCUGCGAGAAGGCCCUGGUCUUUGACCCGAAGAAGUACGCCGAGUUCCAGGCCAAGACCGGCGCUGCCAAGCCCCAGCAGCAGGCUCAGCAGAAGCAGGAGAAGAAGCCCAAGGAGAAGAAGGAGCAGGCACCCAAGAAGGCCGCCGAGCCCGAGGAAUUGGAUGCCGCUGAUGAGGCCCUGGCUGCCGAGCCCAAGUCCAAGGAUCCCUUCGAUGCUCUGCCCAAGGGAACCUUCAACUUUGAUGACUUCAAGCGCGUCUACUCCAACGAGGAUGAGGCCAAGUCCAUUCCGUACUUCUUCGACAAGUUCGAUUCCGAGAACUACUCGAUCUGGUUUGGCGAGUACAAGUACAACGAGGAGCUGUCCAAGGUGUUCAUGUCGUGCAAUCUCAUCACCGGCAUGUUCCAGCGUCUGGACAAGAUGCGCAAGGCUGCCUUCGCCUCCGUGUGCCUGUUCGGCGAGGACGGCAACAGCACCAUCUCAGGCGUGUGGGUGUGGCGCGGACAGGAUCUGGCCUUCACCCUGUCCCCAGACUGGCAGAUCGAUUACGAGGUCUACGACUGGAAGAAGCUCGAUGCCAAGAGCGAGGAGACCAAGAAGCUGGUCACCCAGUACUUCUCAUGGACCGGCGCCGACAAGGACGGCCGCAAGUUCAACCAGGGCAAGAUCUUCAAGUAAACCAGCUCAACUCGGCACACAGAUCUUAACAACAGCAACAGCAGCAGUAACAAUAAAAGUUUGAGAUUCGAAAUACAGCAGCAAAAGAGCAUGCACGAUGCCUAUUUAUUAAGUUCCAACUGAUAGUAUAUUUAUCGUGCUGCGUCCUAAUCCUCCCUUAUAUUUGGAACUCUGGAGAAUUGUUUUUGUAACCAUAAACAUUGAUAUUGUCGACGGGACAGCCGCCUGCAGCCAGAAAAUAAUUUAUAAACAAAAGAAUAAACGGUUUUCUAUUAA